CGCAGACCGGACACGGAGUCCGACAAGUCAUCGCAAAGCAUAGUUGAAGGACGCUCUAAAUCGAGGAAGCAGAACGGCGGAGCCGAUGGAUAUGAUGAAGACGUUGGUGAUAAUCAGAGCGACGAGAAAGAAGAGGACGAAUUGGAGGACGAUGAGGAAUUGGUGAAUGGCGCGCGAGAGGAUGCGGAGGACGAACUUGACGAGAAUGAUGAGGAUGAAGAAGAUGCUGCCGGCACACCGAAGGGCAGGAAACGCGCUCGUGUAAAUGGCGAAGGCGACUCUCAUAUACUUAAAGAGGAGCAAAUGAGAAUAAGGCGACGUCCCACCAUUCUCGCCCGGGAUAAAGAUGGUUACGUCCCUGGCUCAAUCCAACGCGUCAAACUGCAUAACUUCCUUACAUAUGACGACGUCGAAUUCCGUCCGGGUCCGUAUCUUAACAUGGUCCUUGGACCCAAUGGGACUGGCAAAUCAUCGAUCGCUUGUGCUCUUUGUCUUGGGCUCAACUGGCCUCCAAGUGUACUGGGCCGGGCAUCGAAGCUUGGAAGUUUCGUCAAGUUAGGCAAAUCCGAUGGUUUCAUCGAGAUAGAGCUGAAAGGCCCAAUCGGAGAGCAUAAUCUCGUAAUACGUCGCAAUUUAACUUCUGGGAUGACAUCCCAGCAGGCUUUCACGCUGAACGGGACCCAAACUCCUGGAAAGGAGAUCAGUGCGCGUGUUGAGGGCUUAGGUAUCCAGAUCAACAACUUAUGUUCCUUCUUGCCGCAAGACAAAGUGGCUGAAUUCGCGCAGAUGUCACCGCAGCAAUUAUUGCGUGCGACUCAGAAGGCUGCAGGCGACGGACAAUUGCUCAAAUGGCACGACUCCUUGAUUGAAUUGGGGCAAGAACUCAAAGAUGUAUCCUCGAAAUGCGCGAUUGAACGUAGAGAAGUCGAAACUCUGGAGCAGCGGAACGCAACCCUAGAAAGAGAGGUGUCAGCGUAUAAGAAUCGUCGAAGGAUUGAGAGGGAAAUCGAAUUAUUGGAGCUCAUCCUUCCUUUCAAAGAGUACCUCAAUGCAAGGAAUGACUACGAUACUCUGAAGAAGAGGCGAGCGGAGCUGCAUGAAAAGGCUCUCAACCUGAAGAAAAGGAGCCAGCCUGUACAUGACUAUAAAGGCAAACUCGCAAAGAACAAAGAGAAGGCCGAUGCAGAAAGGGAGGGGUGUAGGACUAAAGCAAAGAAAAAGUUUGAAGCCCAAAAGCCUCUCUGGAAGAAGAGCGAAGAUCUCUCAGCCGAAAGUGACAAGAUAGCUGAUGAUCUCACUGCCUUAAAGAAUCAAGAGAAGAAACGUCGAACUGCCAUUCAGACUCUGAAGAACGAUAUUCAUAAGCUAGAGCAUGAAAUCGCUCAUCCUCCCGAGACAGAGGACAUGGAGACAAUCAAUGCUGACUUUAGGGCAAAUCAGCAAGAACUCAAUACGGCUGAAAUGGAGAAACAUGAGAUGGAGGGUGAGAUUCGACCCUUCGUAGACGAGUCUGCACAGCAGGAUAUUGCCGUAAGAAGAGCAACGGAAGCGCUUCUGAGGUUAGACAGUGCAUCUCAUCGGAAACUCGAAGCAUUUCGAAACUGGGAUCGCGCUGCCGGAGACGUCGUUGCUUGGCUACGACAGAACAAGCAUCAGUUCAAGAAGGAAGUCAUUGAGCCAGCAGCGCUUUCUGUUGAUGUCAAGGAUGGAAGAUAUGCUUCUGCCGUGGAGUCUGCUUUUAGUGCCAUGCAGCUGAAGACGUUCGUCUUCCUUUGUGACGAAGACCACAGGAAAUUCAACCGCUUGAUCAUCGACACGAACGAGGGCAUGGGUAGGCGAUGCAAGGUUGCCACUUGGUAUAGGCCCGAAAGACAGGAAACUGUGGUGCCACCACCCAUGUCUCGAGAAGAGCUUAAACAGCAAGGCUUCGACGCAUACGGCCUCGACCUGGUGACAUAUCCGGAAGGCAUGCGCUGGUUCCUCUUGGAUGAAAUCAAGCUACAUCGUUUUGCGAUCGGAUUGAAUAGUUCAAGAAUAGAUAUGCAAAGCGCCAUGGAAAUGGUGACUCGUAACCUACCAAACGGCAGACCUGGAUCUGGCAGCUUCGUCAUAGGCAACGUGCUUUCCAUGGUAUCGCGAUCGCGAUACGGUCAACGGAAACCGUUCAAUAACACGCGUGACAUCCAACCUGCGAAGUCCUUCAGGAGUGCACCCGUUGAUCAAGAGAGAAAGCGAGCUAUAGAAGUGCAAAUCAGGGAAGCGCAAACAUUGAAGGAGGAAGCUGAGAGUAAAAUUUCGGAGCUCAACCAGAAGAUCAAGGACAAGGACACUCGUGUCCAAGCCAUUCUUUCAGAGAAGAUGGAAAUCGAGAAACGGAGAAAAGCGGUUCUUGAUAUACAGCGUAGGCUGCAGACGAUGAAGCUCAGGCUUGAUGAUAAACGCAGAGCAUUGCAAAAAGAAGAAAACGCGCCUUCGCUUGAAGAGAAGCGAGCAACCUUGCGCAAGAAAGGCUUUGACUAUGCCAAACAACGAUUAACUAUCGCAAGGCAGUUGAAGGAACUCACUAUGUCGUCAUUGGAAGACAGCCACACGGCAGCACUUGCCGGACUUCGAUUCUUGCAGAUUGGUGCAAACAUCGAUGCGUUGGAACAGUUGAUCAAGACGCAUGAUACCCAGUACGAAAAGGCAAUGCAAGAUUACAAUACGAUUGAUCAGGAGUAUAAUGAAAUGAAGGCUAUCACAAAGGCUAAACUCAUGGCUAGCAAAAAGAAACUUGAGGAAAUCGAUGACGAGCUCCGACAGACGUUCAUGGAGAAGGACGAGAGCGGCGAAGUCCAACGAAUGAGUGUUGAAGACAUUGAACAAGACCUUGCCAAUCUGAGAGCACAGCUCGAACUCAACCUAGCGACGAACGCUGGAGUCAUCGAGACGUACGAAAGGCGACAGCGCGAGAUCGAACAAAGGACCCGCAUUCUUGAGAACAAAGAGAAGAGGAGGUCAGAUCUAGAGCGUAAGCUUCAAAAGACGAGGGGGAAGUGGUUACCUGCACUCCAGGAGCUCGUCAAUAACAUCAACGAGAAAUUCUCUGCUGCUUUUGACCGUGUCAACUGUGCCGGAGAAAUUAGGAUUGCCGAACAUCCUGAUGACUACACGCAAUGGGCGAUUGAUAUUCUCGUCAAGUUCCGAAACAGUGAGAACUUGCAACUUUUGACUGGACAGAGGCAAUCUGGGGGAGAACGAGCGCUUACGACGAUCAUGUAUCUCAUGAGUCUUACGGAACUCGCACGAGCGCCAUUCUCGUUGGUAGACGAGAUCAACCAGGGAAUGGAUGCACAAUACGAACGCGCCGUACACAACUCACUCGUCGAAGUGACAUGUCAACCCGAUAGCGGACAAUACUUCCUUAUCACUCCAAAGUUGCUGACAGACCUCAAGUACCAUGAGCGCAUGAAGGUGUUAUGCGUGAGCAACGGCGAGUGGUUGCCAGACGAACAACUCGAUGGGAACAUGAUGCGCAUGAUUGAUUCGUUCGUCGCGCAUCGUGAUCGUGUACGUGCCCGAUAGGACUGGUCGACGUAUUUGUUGGCAAAGUGUAAUUUUCUGUGAUUUGGAAGUAUAUAUUUUGAGAAUGG